AUCAACUUCAUUGAAGUGUUACUGCAUUAUAUGCUGUGGUAGUCUGCAUAUCUUGAUAUCUCAACCUUGACUGCGUUGCCACUUUUUGCUUUUUCUCUUGGAUAUAAAUGACUGAUUGCCAAAUGGUUUCCUCAGAUUUUACAGCAGAUGAAAACAUGGAGAUUGAAAGCAUUAGGACGUAUAAGGAAGUCCUUCUGGAUGAUAUCCAGAAGUUAAAGAUGGAGAUAGACAACGUCAUGGCAGACAUACUCAGCUUUGAGUCUUCAGAGGAAAACAGCAAGACCAUAGAGAAGAGCAAACUGUCUGCAAAUGGGAAGAAGAAAUUCAACAUGGACCCCAAAAAGGGCAUCAAUUACCUGGUGGAGAAUAAGCUUCUGGAAAGAAGUGCUCAAUCCAUCGCUGAGUUCCUCUACAAAGAGGAGGGACUCAACAAGACAGCCAUUGGAGAAUUUCUUGGAGAAAGGGAGGAGCUCCACCUCCAGACCCUGAAGGCCUUCGUUGAGCUGCACGAGUUCUCCGACCUAAACCUGGUCCAGGCCCUCAGCCCGUUCCUGUGGAGUUUCCGUCUGCCUGGUAGCCCAGAAGUGACCAUGAUGGAGGCUUUUGCCACGCGCUACUGUGACUGCAACACUCAUGUCUUCCAGUCGACCGACACGUGCUACAUCCUGUCAUUUGCCAUCAUCAUGCUCAACACCAGCCUACACAACCCCAAUGUGAAGGACAAGACCCCUCUGGAGCGUUUCAUCUCCAUGAACAGGGGCAUCAACAACGGGGAGGAUCUACCUGAUGACCUGCUUUCGAAACUGUACGAGAGCAUUCGCAACGAGCCUUUUAAAAUCCCAGAGGAUGAUGGGAAUGAUCUGACUCACACCUUCUUCAACCCUGACAGAGAAGGCUGGCUCCUUAAACUUGGAGGCCGAGUGAAGACGUGGAAGAGGCGAUGGUUCAUCCUGACCGACAACUGCCUCUACUACUUUGAGUUCACCACUGAUAAAGAGCCCAGAGGCAUCAUUCCUCUCGAGAACCUUUGUGUGAGAGAAGUGCCGUAUCCUCGCAAACCGUACUGUCUGGAGCUGUACAACCCCAACAGUCGAGGGCAGAAGAUCAAAGCGUGUAAAACAGAGACAGACGGCAGAGUGGUGGAGGGGAAGCACCAGUCCUACACCAUCUGUGCUCCCAGCGCGGAGGAGAGAGACUCCUGGAUCGAAGCCAUCAGAGCGAGUAUUACCAAGGACCCGUUCUACGACUUGGUCUCUGUCCGUAAGAAGAAGGUGAUAAACCAGGCUCCUCAGGACUGAGCUCUCCAGUGCUCCCCAUGGACAUGUGUAGUACUGCCCCACAGUGGAAUUCAGCCCCCCCUUUAAGUUGUGUUAAACACCGCACAACACAACUGAGUGAGGACACCAGAGGUUAGACACUGACAGUGGUUGCUUAGGCUAUAGAAGGGACUUCUCUUUCCGCUUCUCUUUUUGCAGACUUAACUAAACCGUGUGAAAGGUGAAAACGAGUCACAAAGAAUGUGUGGAUAUAUCUUCUGCAAUCCAAAGUGGAUCUUGUAUCAGGAAGAUACAUUUAGCAAGUGUUGUCCGAGGAUGUCUACUGUCUGCAGGCCAUACAAAGGGAAGACAUAAAACAAAAAAAAAUAACACAAAAAAAAUGUAUCUUUUCAAGUAAAGUAACAGUAAACCGCUCAACUUCUGUCCAGUGGAUCAUCAUUCCAUGCGUGAAAAGCGUUCAUAAUAUGCUACUGUUCUCGUUAGGUGUCAAUUGAGAAGUGUUGCUAAUGCUUCAUUUUGUAAAUACAGAUAUUUUUUUAAGCAUUUAUGGGAAUUCAAUUGUUUGUUUCUUGUACUUUAUAGUGACAUAUAAUAAGCCUUAAAAUGCAGAACACGUUCUAAUCAGACCGAUGAUUUCACUUAUAGCACAGUGCAAUAUGUGCAACAUGCAUUCUCAAUUUUUAUUGUAAUGUGUACACUGUAAUAUAUAUAUAGGAAGUGUUUUAGCAUUU